CGUACAGUACAGAGUAACAGUACAUGUGCUGCUCAGCUACGCCCCACUCCUGAUCCUAGCUAGAUCCUGAACGUCGAACUGAAGUAGUACUGGAAAAAUGAAGGUUGUGGUAAAGCAUGUCAAGUCAGGGAAGACACAGUGUACUUUGGACGGGCUUGAACCCGACUCUACCAUAUCUGAUGUCAAACGGCGUUAUCAUGCACAGAUGCCUGCAAAAUAUCCUGACAGGCAGCAGUGGAAAACAGGCCAGGAUCGAAAAGACAAACCUCUAAAGAAUGAGGUGACUCUGGAUUCUUUAAGAAUAGGUGAUAGUGGGAUACUUUACUUCAAAGAUCUUGGACCGCAAAUAGGAUGGACCACAGUUUUUCUUACUGAGUAUGCUGGGCCACUGCUUGUGUACUUGCCAUUUUUCUUCCGACUUCCUUUUAUCUAUGGUCAAGACGGAAAAAGUUUUCCUGUCUCUGUUGUCGUGAACGUUGCUGCUGCUUGUUGGGUGCUCCACUAUGCGAAGAGACUGUUGGAAACAAUUUUUGUGCACCGUUUUUCUCAUGCUACCAUGCCCAUCGCAAAUAUCUUUAAAGUGGCGCAUGCGCAAACAGUCGAUACCAGGCCCAUCUUCAGUGCGGUCAGGAAUCGAGUAGCAACACUCGCAUUCCAAAACUCAGGCUAUUACUGGGGGUUUGCUGCUUUUGUUGCCUACUUCGUGAACCACCCACUCUACACUCCAGCGAUGUAUGGGAUAGUCCAAGUCUACACCGGAUUGGCUCUGUUUAUUGUGUGUGAGAUUGGAAACCUCUCUACUCACAUAACUUUACGCAAUUUGAGGCCACAAGGCACUAAGAAGCGCAAAAUUCCGUAUCCUGACAGUAACCCAUUCUCAAUGCUGUUCAGCCUUGUCAGCUGUCCGAACUACACCUAUGAGGUUGGAGCUUGGCUUGGUUUCACUAUCAUGACACAGUCUUUCCCAGCUCUCUUGUUCACAUUGGCUGGACUCGGUCAGAUGACACAAUGGGCUCUCGGAAAGCACAGGAACUAUCGCAAAGAGUUCGAAAAGUAUCCACGUGGUAGGAAAGCCAUUAUCCCAUUUGUUCUUUGAACUAGAUGUUAGGGCUACAGAAGUGAACUAUAAAUUUGAAAUUAUACUUAUUAUUAUAUUCUGGAGUAUGAGUGGAUUGAAUUUAUUUAUGACAA